AUGUCAUCGAAGGGUGAAUGUCCAGUAGACCACUCUGCUAGGGAGGCUUGGAUGAAAAAUAUGGCCCAGAAGAAUGACUCGAAUACUUCCGGCGUUGCUGAACAUUGUCCACAACACAAGCUCGAAAAUGGUGCAGAGGCCGCAGUGUGUCCCAAAUCAGGCUCUACAAUCCCAACUUCACAAUCUACAGACGCCUGUCCGGUAAGUCCUGAAGCCCGCAAUGUCUGGCUUCAAAAAUCAAGCUCUUCAAAAACGCCAGAAGCCGUCGAGUGCUCUUCGAACGAAAUUCCCGCUGUCCCCACUUACAAAACAGAUGUCGAACUGCCCACUGAGCGUGAAAUUUCCAGCAUUCCAAGAACAGGUACCAAUGAAAACUGGGUGUAUCCCUCUCAAAAGCAGUUUUUUGAAGCCAUGCUGCGUAAAAACUGGGACCCUUCAACCGAGGACAUGAAAACAGUCAUACCGAUUCACAACUCGGUCAACGAGCGUGUUUGGAAUUACAUCAAGCUUUGGGAGAAAAACCAAGGAGGCGAGUCUUGUGGUGGUCUGCAGCUUACCAGCUUCAAAGGCGAUUCGAAGAAAUUGACGCCCAGAGCCUGGUUUCGGAGCUCUAUCAUGGGCCAAACCAAGCCAUUCGAUCGACACGACUGGACCGUCGAUCGCUGUGGUAAGCAGGUAGACUAUGUUAUUGACUUCUACGGCAGCGAGUCUUCUAACAAUGGACCCGGCAUAUAUCUAGACGUGAGACCUAAGCUAAACAGCCUUGAGGGCUUCCGGUUAAGGGGCAGAAGGGUCCUGGGGCUAGACUGA